UGUUGUUAUGGUAACAUAAGCAAACGUUUAUUCAAGCCUCUUGAGGCUUUAGCUCAAUCUCCAUUGCCAUGUUUUUAUGUAUUAUUUCCUAAAUAAGCUUUCUUACCAUCCAACGCACCAUAAUACAUACGCAGUUAAAAUGGAGGGAACAGAUACCGGAGGAAAUACUUACCUCAUUAGACCGAAUUAUCAUCACAAGUUCAAAGCAGCUGUUGUGAAGGAAUGCAUUCAUGAUAUCCUGAGAGAACAACUGUCUGGGGUGCAGUAUGAUCCGGAUGAGGUCGGCGUUCUGUCCCGUUCAUUAGCAGAUUGCAUAAAGGACAAACUGAAGGAUGUGGGCUUUGACCGAUACAAGCUGGUGGUACAAGUGGUAAUUGGAGAGCAGCGAGGAGAAGGUGUCAAGAUGGCUGCCAGGUGUUUCUGGGAUGCUGACACAGACAGCUACGCUCAGGACAUUUUCAUGAAUGACAGUUUGUUCUGUGUGGCGGCUGCUUUCGGCAGUUAUUUCUACUGAGGACAAAAGAAGAUGGGAAGAUUUUGCAAUAGCUUUGCUAUUUUAAAAGCACUCAUUACUUCAGUAAUUGCAUAAUUACUUUGACACAAGAACUAUUAAAAAUGAGAGUGCUCCACAUUAGACAUCCACAAAAACAGAAAAAGAUCCACAAAGCAUCUCCGAGUAGAAGUGAUGAUCCAGGAUCAGUUUAACCUUUUUUUAGAUCAUAGUGAAUAGGAUUACAGGGACAGAUCCUAGAUCAGAACUUCUACACUGAGAUGCUUUGUGGAUUCGAGCCUGAGAACUUGCCCUUUCCCCGGGGGAAGAUGCACUGUGCAAUCUCUGUUGUGUUUUUUGUUGUUGUAAGUAGCAGCAAAUUACAGUUAAAUACUCUGACAGAAAGAGGACUGUUGCCUUGCUUAAUAACUGCAGAGGACAACAAGACAGGCAUUGUUUUAUUCAUACUAAUGUCAGGUCAACCUGAGAAUAAAACAUGCAUAACCUACACGCAGAUUGUAGCUGUAACAUGGUGUUAAAUGGUGUCUACCAAUGUUUUCUUUCUAAUGUAUGUCACUUUACAUCACCCUUAUUGCUAUUUAUAUACAAUAUUAGUUUAUUAAAUUUAAUUAAUUUCAAAUA